UAAUUUUUUUGUUAGCAAUUCAUUUUUUAGAUUAAAAGAAAACAAAUGCUUGUCAAGGAAAAAUGAGAAGCUGAAUAUAAAAAGAGAUUGUACAGUAAUUAAAGUUAUGACCAAUAUGAAGACAUGAAUGGACUCUGCAUAUUUACAUAAAUACUGGCUAUAAUGCAAAGAUAAAAGAUAUUAUCGCACCAAUGGCUUCUGGAAGUAACAACACCACCACAGAAGAUCGAUACAAUGUAACUGUCAAGGAUUUGGUUCAGCAUCCUGAGAAUAUUCAUAUUUUCGAGUCAGUUUGCACCAGAUUAAAUUGCGGUGUGCAAAAUUAUGGAUAUGAAGAACUUGCACGUGCAGCUAUAAAAAAUCAUUAUCUAUUUUGCAAAAACCCUAGGCAUUUUAAAAGUUAUUUUUCUGGAAACGGGCUUGAGGGGUACUACUUUCUGAAAAAACUGAUAAUGAAAAAUCGAGAUUUGAAACUUUGCGACCUUAAAGCAAUGGCAGAAAGAUUAGAAAGAGGGGAUGUUGUUACUGAACUCAAUGUGUUAAAAGUCAAUGAAGAUCUUUUAAAAAAUGUAGAAGAAAAAGAUUUACUGGAAAUUGGACGAACCUUCAAUCGAUCUGACAUUCCAGGUGUUAAUAAUUGGACUCAUUUUGCUGCUUAUUUUAAAUUUAAUAGCAAUGAAAUCAGCGCUAUAAAAACUAGAGGAAAAAAUGAGUCCGAUUUUAAUCCAUCGAAAAGACUGUUUCAAUUAAUCUUUGAACAAAGUCCAAAGACAGAUUUAAGUUUUAUAAUAGCAGAUUUGGAUAAAAUAUAUCGUAAAGAUGUAUCAGAGUAUCUUCUGGAAAAUAUUGGACAAUUACAAACAAUCCAAACAUUUUCGGUCGAUAUUGAGAACAUUAUUGAUGAUGAAACGCCAAUGAUUCCCUUGGUGGCCGAAAGACAAACAUUAUUACUGCAAAAACAACAACCAAGUGAGUCUGAUGAAAAAUCUGCCUUAUCACAUUAUGGUGUUACAUUUGGAACACAAGAAAGGGAAACAAUAAAUCAACCUUAUAAUCAGUUAGCGAUAUUUCAAAAUAGUAUGCCAGUCCCCGAAAUGUUGCCGAUGAACCCAGAAGCUACGUCACUUUAUGAACCGUCAACAGACACUAACAAUCGGCUUAGCGCAGUAAGUAAGCAAGGAACGUCAAACAUCAUUGAAGCAAAUAUGGACAAUACUGAUAGAGGUGCUACAUUUGGGUUUGCACUAAAUACUUUCGACAAUCUUAAAACUUUCUCUGAUGUCCCUAAUUUCGCAAGUGAGAAAGAAAACAAGGAUAAUAGAACGCAAGAAACCAACAUGGAAAAUAGUUCUACCUUGCCCUCGGGCCAAUUUAAUCUGGAGGAAUCUUCAAACGAAGAAACGCCUGGACGAGAAAAUUAUCCUUCGAAUCAUUCUGAUGCUUCUAUUCUUCUGAAUUCUAAAAAUAAGAAGGAUAACAAUGGUGAUAUAUGCCAAGAAACCAACGUGAAAAAUAGUUCUAUCUUGCCCUCGUGCCAACCUUAUCUGGAGGGAUCUUCCAACAAAGAAAUGCCUGGACAAGAAAAUUAUCCUUCGAAUCAUUCUGAUGUUUCCUCUGAAAACGAGAAAGGCAACGGUAAUGAGAUGUCCCAAGAAACAAACAAUGAGGAAAGCAGUUAUAUAUUUUCUUCACGCCAACUGGAAUGCGAUGAAUCUUCAAAUGAUAGUGGUCUUGACGCAGAAAGUUAUCGUUCCAAAAAUUCCGAUGUGGCUGGAAACAUGAAUGAAGACAAUGGAAGAAGCAAACAUUUGUCUACAAUCAACGAGUCCAUUGAUAGCUCUGUGUUCCACAGACAAGGUUCAACAAUACCGCUUUGUAUCAUUGUUACCCAGAGCGAGUAUAAGGGCUUAAAAAAGAAAGGUGGGUGGAUCUUGCAUAAAAGCCCAUCCUUUAAGCAGGGUAUGCUAGCAGACGAAAAGAGAGUAGAAGAAAUGUUGGCCAAGCAUGGCUUUCAUAAUCCCUACUGCUGGCAAAAUAAAAAGGUUCAGCAUAUCAAAGAAAAGCUUCAACGUCUGUCUGAGAAUAUUUAUGAAAGUUUAGUUUGUAUCAUAUUAUCUCGUGCCCACGGCAAUCAUAUUUAUGACAAUGAUGAAAAUGAUUUGGAUAUUUUCGAAGUUGUUAGAAUUUUUACAGAGAAACCAGCUUGGAGAGGCAUACGCAAGCUUUUUAUCACACGUUCAUGUCAGUUGAAAUCUAAAAAUUCCCAGUAUCUAAUCCAAAAGGAGGAUGAAAUGUCACUACUUUGGCAUUGUAUGGAUACGGAAACUUGGUUAAAAAAUGGCGAGGGAUCCGCGUGCAUUCGAAAUAUCUGUGAACAGUUGGAAGGAUGUGAAAAGGGCAAUGUGACGGAGAUGAUUAACGUGAUGGCCAGCAUACGAUAAAGGAUUGGUGUUAGUGUUUUUUUAGCGUUACAUGAAAUUUCAUUUCGGUUGUCUUUAUCUAUAUAAAUAUUUACAUGAUUUCGGGCGAAAUGAAACCCAUUCCGGCGUUAAAUUUAUUUCGGGAAAAAAUGACCGAAAUGAAAUUUCAAUACACCUGCAAAAAAAUCAUGUAAAUGCGAUAUACGUGAAAGAAAACUAUUGAGCAUGUGUACAAAGCUACUGCGCAUCUGUAUUGCUCAUGUGUGCAGUUUGCGCGAAUCUGCCAAAAAAUCCAUGUAAACAACGAUUUUUCAUUACGGUUUGAUGUCUUUUAAAUGCUAAAAACUUUUAAAUGCUGUUUUUAAGUAGUUCACAAGGAAAUGUCCAACGUAAAACUUUCCUAAAUUCAUUUUCUAAGGGUUUUAAGCAUAGAAUUUCUAGUUCUUGGCUUGGCUUAAUCAGCAUAGGACAACUUCAGUGCUUUGCGGUUUUUGUGAAGAGAAUGUUUAUAGGAUGAGGUUUUAUACUGGGUCUAAUUUUGGUCUCAGAAAAGCGAGUAUCUCUAAAUUUUCUAAGUAUCUAAAUUUUAAAAUUCGUCUUCUUUAAUAUUAUAUAAACUCUUUCGAUGUUAGAUUCACGUAUAUGGUAAAUGUUAAUUGGCAAUAAUUACAACAGAGAUCUGACGUAAGUUAUUCUUAAAUGCAAUUUAAAAAAAAACAACGGCCGUUUUUUCUAAACGCUAUGUAUUUUUAAACUAUGGGCCCAAAAUUUUAAUUUUUCGCAUAUAAUUUGACGAGUAUUAAUUUUCUCAUAUUUUUCUGUAUCAGAAAUUACAACACUAUUUACUUAAUUUUUUUUUUUAGAAUUAGUGAUUAUAACAAUUUUAUUUUUUAAAUGUCUGUAGAGAGCUUUUUUUAACUGAAGACCAUCGCACGUUACGGAUAUUGUGUCUUUCCAAACGAACUUCGAGUUUCUGUUCAAUUUACCCACCGGGUAUGUGAAACAGUAUAAUUAUAUAAAACAUAAUAAUUCGUUUUAAUAAUAAUAGUGUUAUAAUUUGCUCAGUUUCUGAAUUAUAUGAACAAAUGAAGCGAAACAAGGUGAGAUGGUAAACAAACGCUAAGCUUUCAGUUGAUGGAACUACCUACGAUAGUUGGCUACCCCUUGAAGUCGCCUCGAAUGUACGGGAAUUUUGUCUAAAAGUUAGAUUUGAGCUUCAAGUCAUGGCUACCCCUUGCAGUCGCCUCGAAUGUACCGGAAUUUUGUCUAAAAGUUAGAUUUGAGCUUCAAGUCAUAGUGAAAGUAGGGCACCGGACUGAGAAAUUUGUUUGAAAUACCAAACGUUUAAACAAGCAGUUUCGUAGCUUUCGAAAUAUACUGUACAUACAACUUUUUUAUGACAUUGUAUAUUUAGAUUUUAUGACGAUUUUAUUUUGUAUCUUCUAUUUCUUCACAAAUUAAGUAUGCUUUUAUUACCUGA